AUGUUUCCUCGUGUAAGUCGAAUCCAUGCAGUCCUAUCAAGACAUCAACUGCAUAUGAAAGCGUUAAAAUAUAAAGACCAUACUCCUGUUAUGAUAAAUGAAGUAAUGAAACAUUUAAAACCGAGUGACAAUGAACUUUAUAUCGACAUGACUUUUGGAGCAGGUGGACAUUCAAGAAAAAUACUCGAGUCAGCAAAUUGUCAACUUAUUACACUAGACAGAGAUCCAACAGCAUAUGAGAAAGCAAGGAAACUGGCUGAGGAAUAUCCAAAACGGGUCAUACCCCUAAUAGGAAGAUUUAGUGAACUGCCAGAGCAGUUAAAAAAUAUAGGUAUUAAACAGUCCUCGAUAGAUGGAAUCUUAUUUGAUUUUGGAUGUUCUUCCAUGCAAUUAGAUAAUGGAGAAAGAGGUUUCUCAGUUAGUAAAAAUGGCUUCCUAGAUAUGAGGAUGGAUGCAGGGAGAGAUCCAAGCCAAAUAACAGCAAGGGAAGUCCUAGCAACUGCCGAUGAACAUGAACUAUACAAAAUAUUCAAAAUAUAUGGCGAAGAAAAGAAAGCGGCAAAAAUAGCUCAAACAAUCAUACAAGCGAGAUACAUGAUCAAAAAUAUAGACACCACAAAAGAAUUAGUUGACAUUGUUGACUCCUGUUGUCCAGACGAAGUGAGGUUAGAUAAAUUACAACGACCACAAUCCAAUGCCACCAAAGUGUUCCAAGCUCUAAGAAUUUUCGUAAACAAUGAGUUAAAUGAGAUCAAUUAUGGCAUGGUUUUAUCAAAAUAUUAUUUAAAAUUAAAUGGGAGGUUAGUCACCCUUUGCUUUCACUCUCUUGAAGAUACUAUUGUUAAACGUCACAUAGCUGGCAACAUUAUCAAUGAGACAGCGAACCCUGUACCUCUAAGAUACCUUAGCCCCAUGUUAGUUCAAGAUCAGGACACCAUAAAUCAAUUCCUGGACUCUCCAUGGAAAGCCAUUAAUAAACAUGUAGAAGUACCGUCUGAAGAUGAAGUAGAGAGAAAUCCUAGAAGUAGGAGUGCCAGAUUAAGGGCUGCCAUCAAAAUUAAAUGAGGUUUUAUGUAGAUAAUUUUUAAAAACUUGUCGUUAGGAUACUGAAGUAGGCUAUAAUUUUUAGACUGGCAAUAUAAUUUUUGAAACUGAA